AUGAUGGAGGAGAGCGCUGUGUUGCCCGACCGUCACCUCGUCGGUGAGAUCGCCGCCGCGGCUGAAGUUGGCACCGUCGCGGUGGAGUUCCUGGCCACCACGUUGGGAAAAAUUUUCUCACGUUCCAAUCCAUCCACCGCAGCUCAAGUCGUUCUCAUCUCCUACCGCGGCCUCCCCUUCAGAUUUUUCCAGCCGCUUUCUCUAUUCCUGAUUUUCCUACCGCCGAGCGCAGUUCUCUUCCUUAUCUUCUUCUUCAGUCGUGUCUCUCUCUUCAUUUAUCUCCUCCGCCUGGGAUAUUUCUUGCCUUGCCGCCGGUCUUAUCUCCCACGGCAGCUGAGCACGUCGAGCUGCCUCGUUGUUUCUAUCCGCCAUGGUCCGCCCAGCCGAGGUCUUGCCCAGCUCGCCUGGCCGCUGCGCAGCCCUCUCAGCUCCAUCUCCCAGCUCGCCAAUUUCCUGGCCGGAGCUCGCUCUGCUCUCUCCCAUGACGCGCGCUGGUGCCCAGCUCGGCCUCCGCUUCUUCCUGUUCGCGCUUGGUAUCCAGCGCGUCCAGCCCCAGCGCCGUCGGCCAUCCCCAGCUUGCUUGGCCACCACCUCCCAUGGCCGGCUGCUGCUCCUUGGUGCAGCUCGCCCAGCUCGGAUUGCGCUCGACUUCCAGCGCCGUGGUCUCGCCAAGAUCCCUGUCGAGCUCGUCCCUGCGCGCACGUUUUUCUGCACGCAUCUUCCUCAAAUCGUGGUGUGCCUAGCUCGCUCCAGCUCGCCGGUCGAGUUUCUCCCUCGCGUUCGGACCCGGCCGUUAACGCCCAGUCAUGUGUUCUUUUUCCCCAGCUCGGAUCUCGUCAGCCGCCGUUCUCUAACCUGUGUCUCGAUCGGCGUCGUGGAGCUUUGGUUGAUCGGCUCGUCGUUGACCUCGCCGAUGUCGUCGAACCGUCGAACUUUGUUCUUCCCUGCUCGAUCUCGUCAAACCACGAAUCCCGGACUUUAGACAAAAAUAAGCAAGGUCCCUGUGCAUCGCUUAUCAAGUACUCGGUCGAAGACUUCAAUCGAAGAUCGUCGUUAUUCCGUGCGUCAUAAGGAAUCCCAUGGAUCGGAUGAAGACGAAGCUAGCAGCGCGAUAUUCCCCAAGCGCUCGACAAAUUGUCUGAAUCGGAAUAUCGCUACCGAUCUCGUGGAUUCAUGUUGGCUGUGGAAACGGUACGUUGAUUAACCACGAGAUGCGGAGAACUUGAGUCAAGUCGACCCCAAGCGUGGACUACUUCGCAUGGUGAAGCUGAUGGACCAACCUGAAGAUGGUUAAAUCAAGCGAUUGUUCGGUUGAGGGAUACUCGUCAAGCGGACGUCAUCUAACAAACACUAAUAUAGUGUUUAUUCCAGGCAAGCCCCGGUGCAUGCAGCCCAUUCCUUGUGUUUUUAAAUAAUUUUUGCACACUUUAAGUCUAGUGAAAUGUGCAUUAGGUUUAUAGGAGUUGCUUGAAACCCUUGGAUGCAUUGCCUUCCUUGAAA